AUGAAACAACUUUCGGAUCAAGAGCUCUUGCUCUAUUUUACUAAAUUCAAACGAGAAAUUAAACCCAAAGAUCAUACAUGCCUCUUUACUACUUACAAGGAUUGCUUUAGUGGUAAAGAGGCUAUCCGCACCUUGAGUUCACUAUUUAAUUUGAAUACCAGUGAUGCAAUCUCUUUGGGUAAUCAAAUGAUUUCGAAAAAACUCUUCAUUCAUAUCAUUCACGAAUCUUCCGAACUAUUGGACAAGAAGAAGGAGUUUUAUAGGUUCACAAAUUUCAGACGAUGCUCCAAGAGACUCAGCAUUUUGGAUAUGUCUCAAUUUACAUCUAAUUUGGAUGAAAAUUAUAGAAAGCUCAUUGAAGAAGAACGAAAGAAAAACGAAAGAAUUGGAGACAUUCGAAUUUUACUGGAUGAUGUCUAUCAGGAUCCAUACGGAGGAUAUAACAGCAACCAAAUGUCCUCCUCUCUGCGAGGAAAAUCAUCAAACAUCUCCACAGACGACUAUGAUUCCUCUAGCCCUAGUUCUGAUAAUGCAUCUUCACCCUUGGCAUCACUCGCAAAGAAACUCAGCUUACCACUGAGGAUGAAGAAGAGUCCUUCAAUUCCUACUUCUCUGACUAUGUCAUCAUCACCACCGUUGUUGAGCAAUUCGUUGGAGAGUCACAUGUCAACACCUUGGAAGAAGUCUCCACGAGGUGGUGGUGGCAAUGGAUUCUUCACCACAAGCAUCAGUUGUGGCAAAAGUUCCGAAGCAACGCAUAAAAAAUCUUCAAGCGCUGAAGAUUUAUUCUUGCGACCCAUUAGGCUCAAUGAAUAUAUUGAACCGACUGCUCUGAUACGAUCGGCCAGUUUCUUGAAAUCAACAGAAACAAAUACUGACACCAUAACACACGAUGGGAGAAAGAAUACCUCACCGUCGUGUAAGGUGAGUCGCUCUCCUUCUGCUCAUGAUUUGGAAUUGAAAAUUAAUUUAGAAGAUGUGGAUAUUUAUAUGGAACGUUUUACGAACAUUGAUGAUGUGUUGAAGCAUCCAAAAGCUUGUAAUAUUCUGACCCAAUUUGCUGUCGAUGAGUAUGCUGAGGAGUCUAUUUUUUUUUGCAAGGAAUGGAAAGCGUAUCGAAAAGAAUCUCGCAUUAGCAAGAAAGUAGAAAUGGCUGUUAAUAUUUUCAAUUUAUAUGUGAAUCCUGAAGGUCCUCUUGCCCUUAAUAUUAAUAAGAAAUUAAUUGAUGAAUGCAGAAAGAAAUAUUUAAAUGGAGAUGACGAUUGUUUUGAUGACAUUGGCAAAGAGGUGAAACAACUUUUAACAAACUUAUUUGAAAGGUUAAAGUUACGUCUUCAAAAGCAGAAACACCAAGAGCUUAAUCUCCUCAAUAGUAAGAAUUUGAGCAGCACCGAUCUUGUAGUAUAG